UGAUUCAUUGUGCUUGUAGAUUGUUUACAAAUUGCAGUAAAGUGUUGUCGACCUCAGCACAUCUGGUGUGAUGGCAGAGGAGCAUAUGAGAGAGCCGGUCGGUCUGGAUGGACUGCCGCCGAUGUACAGCAUCCUGAAGGGAGAGGUAGUUUCUGUCACUGCAUACGGAGCAUUCGUUAAGAUUCCAGGAUACAGAAAGCAAGGUUUGGUUCAUAAGAGUGAGAUGUCGGCCUGUCGGGUGGAAAAUCCUGCUGAAAUAGUAGAUGUAGGAGAGCAAGUGUGGAUUAAAGUCAUUGGCAAAGAGAUGAAAGAUGAUAAAGUCAAACUGUCCUUCUCCAUGAAGUCUGUCAAUCAAGGCACUGGGCGGGACUUAGACCCCAAUAACGUUAUGGCAGAACAGGAUGAACGUCGCCGCAGGCAGUUCAGAGAUCACAGUGGGCAGAGGAUCACACUGGAGGCCGUCCUGAACACCACAUGCAAAAAGUGUGGCUGCAGAGGUCACUUUGCCAAGGACUGCUUUUCUCAGCCUGGACUGCAGUACAGUUUACUUCCAGACGAGGAAGAGGAGGAGCCGCCGAGCACCCAGAACACCCAAUCAGAGCCCCAGAAACGUAAAAAGGAAAAGAAAGCAAAGAAAGAAAAGAAGAAAAAGAAGGACAGAAAGAGGGAGAACUCUUCAUCUGACAGCAACGAUGAAGACGCCAAACGGCCGAAACAUUCACACACACACUCAGAGAAGAAGAAGAAACACAAGAAACACAAACACAAGUCAAAGUGAUUUCGGUUUGAAUGGUAAGAAAUGCCUUGAUCAUGGGUCUCAAACUCAAUUCCUGGAGGGCCGCAGCUCUGCAUAGUUUUGCUCUAACCAUAAUCAAACACAGCUGAUCCAACUAAUCAAGGUGUUCAAGACUACUAGAGAUUAUUAAGCAGGUGUGAGUUUGAGCUAAACUAUGCAGAGCUGCGGCCCUCCAGGAAUUGAGUUUGAGACCACUGGCGUAGAACGAUUCAGCGCAGACAUGUUGUAUAUCCUCUAGUUAACAUGGGGAACUAUUCACUUCCAUUAAGACAAAUGCAAGCAGGAUAUUUGUUCAUAUGUGGUAUAAAAAGCAGUGUUUAAACCAGGGGUGCUCAACCCUGUUCCUGGAGAUCAACCGUCCUGCAGAUUUCAGUUGCAACCCAUAUCAAACACACCUGCCUGUAAUCAGCAAGUGCUGUUCAGGUCCUGAUUAAUUACUGUGUGUUUGAUCAGGGUUGGAGCUGAACUCUGUUGGAACAGGGUUAAGCACCCCUGGUUUAAACCAUUCACACACGCGCAGUCAGAAAAAUAAAGAAACACAAACAUAAGUCAAAGUGAUUUUGCUUUGUGAUGAACUUGUGCAUGUAAAGCGAUGAGGAAAACAUUAAAUUACCACAUGGAAA